AUGGAUGAAAUCUUUUCUGACUUCCAAAAUCGGGCAUUCCAAACAAGCAUCCAACACGAGGAGAGAAGGCGGAUCCGCUUCGUCGAGUUGGAUGCCACCGAGCCUUCCUGGCCCAUCCAGGAACUGAGCCAAGACUUGGUGUUGAUGUCAUACCUCUGUGGUUCCGUGCCCGAAGAGUUGAUUGAAGUCCUCUAUCGGAACGCCUUGAAAGUCUUGAAGCCUGGUGGUCGCUUGGUGGUUCACGACUUCAUGGUGGAUGAUUCCAAGGACGGUCCCGCGCUGGGCGCCUACUGGGCCCUGCAGCAUGUCACGGUGAACCCCAACGGCCUCGGCCUGACGCCGCGCUUGGUGGAAGAGCGCCUGACGCACAGCGGCUUCGUGGAGGUGGAGGCCUUUGAGAUGAUCGCACGGAUGACCAAGGUGGUGUUGGCCAGAAAGCCCUGCAGUCCUGAAGAAGCCGACGACGUGCUCACACUGCGUGGUAACGUGGAUUUGGGGUUUCUUUACAAUUCCGUGCGAAGCUUCCUACUCUGGCGAUACCUGGCAGAAAACCAUGUCUCUGACUGCCGAUGGUUCGUGAAGGUGGAUGCGGAUACCUUCUUGAACCUGUGGGCUUUGGAGGAGCGGCUACGGCGCUACUUCAAUGCGUCAGAAGAUCAAUAUCUGGGUUCCCUCAAACACACGCACCUCACGGAUGGCGGCAGCGGUUCCACUAUGCACUUCGCAGUGAAUGCUAUCGUUCUCAGCGGCAAGUUGUUGAGCACUGCCAGGACUUGGCUCAACUCCUGCUUUGAUGACAUUGUUUGGAGAAGGUUGGGCCAGGGUGCUGAGGAUGUGGACUUGGGUCUGUGCUUAAAAGUCCAUGGCUAUGUCUUACCCAAAAAGCUGGGGCAGGUUCAGGAGAUGCCGAGCCGAAACUUUGCUGCUGUGAUCACUGGAAGUUCCGGUGGAGAUUUGCUCAACACGAAAGGCACCUGUACGAUCCUGAUUCAUCCCCUCCAUGCGGAGGAAAUGUAUCAGGUUCAUGCCAAACUGCUGCAAGCCCGGGCCGCUUCCGAGCAGCCGGAGCUGUGUGACUGGCCCGAGGAUGAGGCGUUGAGCAAGACCUGGUCCGCUUACAUGGCUGGAACCUUCAAUAUCGAGAACGAUCGUCACCAGUGCUGGGAUCUCUUCUUCAAUUGGAACUUAUGUUGUCAUGAGCGCUGGGGUGAGACUGGCAAUUCCAUGUGCUGGGAUGAUGAGAAUACCUGGCACCGCUGCUGCAACAGGACAGACGCUCGCAACGAUCCCCUGCCAGAGAGACGAGGAUCAACGGAUCCUGCCAAGGCGGGGAGGGCUGCCAGGGACAUCGCUCUGGCCACCACCACGACCAGCACCAGCACGAGCAUUGCAAGGAAGGAACGAGCGAUCGGGUCACUGGGAGUUGAAGUGUUCCAGGUGAAGAACAAGAAGGAUACAAAUGCGUCCAUUGUGUCAUUGUCGAGCAGUCAGCCUAAAACGCAAGGAAAUCCCAAGUGUUGGAAGGAGGGCUUUACCUUUGACCUUUGCUGCUACUCUGCGAGCACCGUCGACUGCUGGGUUUGGCCCUUCAGCCGCGAUUUCUGCUGCUACGCGCCGUUGUCUCCCAGGGCGCCGAUCCGAAGCGGAGGACUGCGUCAGCAAGGUCCUGGGAAAAGGCCUCGGACCAGUCGUUGUCAAGAUCUGGAGGACCAAAGCUUGCUUGCUUGCCAGCUUUCCUUGGAUGAGAUGGGAGUCCUCUUCGAGCUCCCCACCAUUGGCAGCGGCGACAAGGCCAGCGGCUGGCACGAUUACCUGGGCGUCUACGAGCGCUUCUUAUUGCACCUGCCGCUCACCAGCGACCUCUUGGAGUUUGGUGUGCGCAUGGGCUCCUCUUUAGCCAUGUGGUCUGAGUACUUCCCCAAAGGCACAGUGGUAGGUGUGGACAAGAAUUUGGCAACCUUUUUUCAGACGGGUCAGCCGGUCUUGACAGCCCACGGUGCUUUCACCAGAGGCAAUGUUUAUGUCCUAGAGGCCAAUGCUUCGGACGUGUCAGGGCGACAGAAACUCGAGCGUUUGGGUUUUGAUCGUUUCGACGUGGUGGUGGACGAUGCGAACCACUGGGCAAAGGACCAGAUUGCCCGCUUUGAGCUCUACUUCCCCGAGCUACUGCGACCAGGAGGAGCAUACAUCAUCGAGGAUGUACAUAUGCAGGCGCCGUGGACCCGAGACGGCAGUAUGGUGCGCGAAUACUUUGCGAACCUCACGGCCUGGGGGCCUCAAACACAGUGCUGA